AUGAAGACUUCAAUCGUUGCUUUCCUUGCUCUCGCAGCAAUCCAAUCUUCCAAGGCGCAAGAUUGCACCGAAGAACUUCUCCUACCCGAGAACUCGAUUGCCUUUUGUCUCGUGCAGAAUCUAGCAACUUGUGGUGAAUGCACCAACUCUCCUGGCCUCAAUUUGCAGCCUGGUGUCACGUUCACCUGUGCCGAAGUCGAAGACCAAAUCUGUCCCACCGUCCGUUGCUGUGAAGAUUGCUGGGAGGUGACCCAGAAAACCUACCAGUGCACUGUCGUUGACUCCUCCAUUCCUUCUGGAUUGAUCGAAGAAGGAUGCGUUGUCGAUUGUUCCCGUUUCCCCAUUGGUGCUACCAAACCUCCGACGCCAGCUCCGGUCAAUACGGGACCUCCUCCAACCCCACCACCUACCAUGGCACCUGUGGCUCCGACAAAUAUGGACACACCCACCGACAUGCCUGUGGAAAACACCUGUGAUGAAGAUGCCACGCUAAAGACGUUUGAAGAUUGCACUGUCGCCAGAGGAUGCGCCAAUGAUGUAACCUGUUUUCAACGUAUCUCUCAAGUUCGGUUUAAUACAUCGAACAUCGAUGAUGCCUGUGCAUACUUUGAGCCUGCACUUUGUGUUGUGGAUUCUUGCUGCAGUGAAUGCAAUGCCGAAUACCGCGAUGCAUUGACCUGUGGUACCGAAGCGUCGCUUCUCGACUGCCCCAACUUGAGCUGUGACGAUGCUAAUAUUGGUGGAGGAGGCCAAAGCCCUGAGGAUAGUAGUGCCUUGUCUUUGGCUGUCUCUUUUGCCAUUUCGCUUGGAUUGGUCGUUGCUCAUGCCGUAACCAACUAA